GUUACGGCAACACGAGCAGACUUGUCACUUGCACAACAUGGCCAGUGAUAAAAUAGAUAGCCCACUCACCGAAGUCGAGUCUGGGAAACUUAAGUUAUUGAAGGAAGCCAAUACAGAUUCAUUGCCAUCAAACAAGCCUUUAAUUCGAAGGGUUCCGAAUAGAUUGAGCUUGUGCUACCGUAAGGAGGAUGGCGUACGAUAUUUCCAACCAACUUCUGUUGCGAUCGGUCCCCUCAACCAUCAAAGAGAGACUAACAAACAUUCGAGAAUCCAAAGAGGUGAGGAGUGCAAGCUGAAACUGGCGAAGGUGUUCAUCGACGAAUGUAACGGCAAGGAGGAAGCUUUCUACGAGAAUGUCAAGAAGGAGAUAAAGAGCUUGAAGGACUGCUAUUGCUUCUAUUGCUUCCAAGGACAGAAAUGGACAGAUGAGGAUCUGGCGUUUAUGUUCCUAGUGGAUGGCUGUGCAUUGUUGCUUUUCAUUGUCCUUUAUGUGGACGAUGCGUGGGAGGGAUUCAGAGUUACUCAAGGUCUAGUUGGGAUUGCGGAGGUUGAUUUUUUCUUACUUGAGAACCAGCUGCCCUACCAACUUCUUAAGAUAUUGAUAGACUCGUUCGCUGAAGCCUCAAAAGAUGAUGAUUUGAAGAGGUUAUUCAAGAAAUACAUCACCGCCUUCGUCGAUAAGAGUUUCUUCAAUCUGACUGCCCCGCAACAACACCGAAGUCAGGUUGAUCAUUCUCAGCCUCAUCUUUCUCAUGAGCAACAAAAAGAAGAAGAAGAAGACCCUGUUCAUCUUCUAGACUUGUUGCGAACAAGACUGAUGGGAGUCAAAUCGAAGAAGAAAGAAUGGACUAACAAAUCUGGUUGGUUGCGUACAGAAAUGAAAGGUAAGAGAAGCAGAUACCGGUAUUCAAUUGGCAACGUAAAGGAGCUGAAAGACCAUGGUAUUCGUUUUAAGGCGAGGGAAAAGGUAGAUUCCUUCACAGAGAUUGAAUUUGAUGACCGUUCUUGCAGGCCAAUCCUUAGGCUGGCUCCCAUUUUUUUGCACAAUACCACCAUGCCAUUGUUGCUGAAUUUGAUGGCGUAUGAGCUGUGUCCGGAUUUCAAAGAAGAUUGCAAGAUCACCUCGCACUUGUCAGUCCUCGACUCCUUGAUUGAUAAUAGCGAGGAUGUGAAGGAACUGAGAGAUGCAGACGUGCUGCACCACGGAUUAGGAAGCGAUGAAGCUGUAGCGGAGCUGUUCAACAAGAUCAGCAGCAUCCUGGUGCCAAGUCUUAAGAUGCACUCAGAAUUGAGUCGUAUCCAUGAAUACUGCAGCAAAAAAUCACACCUCCGCAAUCGACGUGCCAGGUUCGUGGCUAAACUCACUGACACCUAUUUUAGUAGUCCUUGGAGCGUCUGGGUCUUCCUCGGUGCCUCAGCCACUCUUAUUAUGACAGUAAUCCAAACUUAUAAUAGCUUCCAGGGAAAGAAGCUCCCCUAGUGAGCUUUAAUUACUGUAUAUAUUAAUAGCGUUCUUAAAAUAUGUCUAAGGUUUCAAUUGGGUUGGGAAAACAAUUUUAUAUAUUUUCUGUUGUUAUUAUUGUUAUUAUAUUUGUGGUAUUUUUUAUCGAAUAUUUAUUAUUAUUUUAUUUAUAUUACUAUUAAUAAAGUCAAUAUUAUUUU